AUGGAUAAUAUAGACACAGACCAAAACUCAAUAGAGGACAACUCCCAAACUAUCAGAAAUCAAAUGUGGAGAGAAAUACACUCAUGCGUGGGGUUAGUCAGUGGGGACAACAAGAAAAUGGAAGCACUCACACGCCUGCUCCGGGAGCACAAGCAAGCUUUAAUGUUAGACCAUGGCCCAACCGAGCGAAGCAGGAGAAAUAUAAAAAUCAUUGAGGAGCUAUGCGGAACAGUAACACAGGCAGAUGUGUACAUCCGACCCCCUGUUGUGGCAAAAACCAAGGGCAGUGGCAAAAGGAUAAAAAGCAAACGGGAGAUAGCAAUAGAAGCGGGAGCGAAACGAGCACGCCGUUGUCACAAAUGUGACAAAUAUGGAAACCAUGAUAGCCGUAACUGCACAAAUGUGACAUGA